AUGCUGAAUACAUGCAAACUUUUCUUUUGCAGAUAUUUCGAUGAGCUUUCUUUCGAUAUAAUUUCUCGUAUCGCAAUGGGUCAAAAAGAUUCUAGACAAUUUAAUUCAGAAUUUUGUAAAAUGGCUCACGAUGUUUUUGCUCUCCAAAACAACAAUAUUUUUGAUUAUAUAGCUUUUAUUUUCCCUUGGAUUGGCAAAAAUAUUUUAGACCCUUUUGUUGCUUUUACUGGAAAGAUUAGAAAAGAUCCUUUACAGCUUUUAAUUGGAAAAAUUUAUGAGGCUGUUAAACAAAGAAAGGAAGAAAAAAUCAGGGAGGGGGAAGAACAAAAAGAAGAAAAUUUAGAUAAGAAAAGGGUUGAUUUUAUAGACUUGUUUUUGGAAUCAGAAGUAGAAAAUAAUGAAGUUGAUUUGACUAAAAAUAAUGGAAAUUACAGUAAAACUGAUAAGGUGAUUUUGGGAAAUUUUUAG